UCCAGACCUCAACUAAGCAAUCAACCAAGCAACACCAGUCCAACUCACCUCAACCCCACCAACUCCGCCUCUUCUCUACCUACGCACCGACUCGUCAUCUCCACCAGUCUCCCCAAAUCGCAUCUCGACCAGAUCCCAGCCCCGUGGCCCGCCCUCGCAAGCAUGGAUCCUUACGACGUCGAAGGCAGCGGUAUCCACGUGCGCUUCCUGGAGGCGAAUCCCACACGUGCCAAGUUCAUCAUCCAGAACUUCAAUCUUGAAUCCGCAAACUCGCUGCGGCGCUACAUGCUUGCCGAGAUCCCCACCGUAGCCAUCGACAUCGUAGAGGUCCUCGACAACACCUCCGUGCUUGCCGAUGAGUUCGUUUGCCACCGUCUGGGUCUCAUCCCCCUCAACAGCCGCGGCGUGGAUGAGUUGAUCUACUCGCGCGAUUGUGACUGCGAAAACUACUGCGACAUGUGCUCCGUGACUCUCGAGCUCAAUGCGAAGUGCGAAGGUGACGAGAUCAUGAAGGUCUAUGCGCGUGAUCUGGUUCUUGCCUCAAAUCCACCAAACGACCAAAUCGGCCAGCCCGUCAUCACAGACGAGGAUAGACAAGGCAGCUGCAUCGUUAAGCUGAGGCGGGGACAAGCGAUCCACAUGCGUUGCAUCGCAAAGAAGGGCAUUGCAAAGGAGCACGCAAAGUGGGCGCCCAGCGCAGCCAUUGGAUUCGAGUAUGAUCCCGCCAACAAACUGCAUCACCUCGACCUCUGGUACGAAGGUGAUGAUCCGAAGCAGGAAUGGCCCGUUGACGAAGAGCGCGUGAACCUGGACGGAGGCCACCCGGCCGAAGACGAGCCCUUUGACUACGAUGCCGUCCCCCAACGUUUCUUUAUGGACGUGGAAACCGUUGGUGGUCUCGAUCCCGACCAAAUCGUGAACCGAGGCAUCAAGGGCCUGCAACAGAAACUCGCCGAAGUGAUUCACGAACUUGAUGGUGGUGACAACGCAAACGGCGACUUCGGUGGUGCGCAGAGUCCGACACUCAACGGAGGCGGUUUCGGCGGAAACGAUGCUGGAUACACAACACCGGGCUAUGGCGGCGGCGGAAGCGUAUGGGGGCCAGGAGGAACAGCUGGCGGGACCACGCCAUACGGAGCGACUCCGUAUGGUGGCAGCGCAUGGUAG